AUGUGUCCUACAUUAUAUUUCAUAACUCAUUUUAGUCAUUGGUAUGGUACUGGUCAUUCAGCAUUAAAUUGGCGAGAGAAUGAGUUCACUAUUGAAGUUCAACCAGGUUCAGUUGUAAAUGCACCUGCUCGUCUUAUUACAAUAAAAAAUUCCCCACCUCGUUUAAAAAUUCUUAAUGAAUUAAUUACUUCAUCAACAGAUGGUGAAGCAUCUCUUUAUUUUUCUCUUGAUGGUUCUAAUGUUGGUUAUCUACGUGGUAUUGUGCCACUUCAUGCAUCUCCGAAUUUUAAUCUUCGUUGUGCUGUACCUGAUUCGGCAUUAUAUGUUGCUGAUGAAUUAACUCAAGCUUUACGAACAUAUGGAAUUGAAAUAGAGCAAGAAGCAACAGUUGAAUCAAAUGAAAAAGAAAAACUAACUUUACUAAAUAUUCAUCGAUCACCUCCAUUAUCAAAACUACUUGAACAAUUUCUUCGCAUUAGUAUUAAUAUGUAUGGUGAAGUAUUUGUUAAAACAAUUGCUCAUCAAACAGGACAAUCUUCAUUAUUUGAUGCUCCUUUGAAAAUUCUUCCAUCAUAUAUUAAUACAUUACUUACGAAUAAUAAUUCGUUAGAAGGUGUAGCAAUAACAGAUGGAUCUGGUCUAUCGCGUAGUAAUCGUUUAAGUACAUAUGUUUUAACACAAAUCCUAUUUACGAUACAAAAACAAUCAUGGUUUGAUGAUGUUUAUUAUGAAGCUCUGCCGACUAUUAAUGGAAUUCGAAUGAAAAGUGGAACAUUAUUGAAUACUAUUGCUUAUGCUGGAUAUAUCAAAGAAAAUUCGUUUGUUUUCUCAUUUAUGAUAAAUAACUAUUAUGGUGAAACUGCUCCCGAUAUGAGAAAGAAAGUUUGGAGUAUGCUUGAUACAUUAAAAUAA